AUGGCGGCAAUAUCCGAAGAACACCUGCCGCCGCGUCCGUUUACGGCUGCUUCGGCUACCCCGACAACGGGGACUUUAUCUCAAGGGCCGCCCGGCGGAGCCGGGGCCAACCCGCUGUCACGCAAGCUCCGCAAAGUGCUGGAGACGCGGUUGGAGGCCGACAAAGAAAUGUUAGAAGCGCUCAAGACUCUUUCAGACUUUUUUGUGGAAAACAGUUUGCGUACCAGAAGAAAUCUGCGUGGAGAUAUUGAGCAUCGUAGUUUAGCUAUAAAUGAAGAAUUUGUCUACAUUUUCAAACAAGUGAAAGAGGAGCUUGAAAACAUCAGUGAAGAUGUGCAGUUAAUGAGCAAUUGCUGCCAGGAUAUGACUAAUCACUUGAAGGCAACUAAGGAGCAAACUCAGGAUUUAAUUGUCAAAACAACAAAGCUUCAAGCAGAGAGCCAAAGGUUAGAAUUAAAAGCACAAAUAGCAGAUGCUUUCACAGCAGAAUUCCAACUUUCUCCAGAGGAGAUUAACGUCCUUCGAUGCACCAGAGAUGGGCCAGUUACUGAAAAUUUUUUUAAAGUAUUGAGACGAAUAAAGCAAAUUCACAAUGAUGUCAAGAUUCUUCUGCGCACCAGUCAACAAAGAUCAGGCCUGGAGAUUAUGGAACAGAUGGCACUCCUCCAGGAGACUUCUUAUGAACAGCUGUAUCGUUGGGCCCAAGGUGAAUGCAGGGCUUUAACACAAGAAACCUGUGAUGUUUCUCCAGUUCUAGCUCAGGCAAUGGAAGCUUUGCAAGACAGGCCUGUUCUGUAUAAAUAUACUCUUGAUGAGUUUGGAACAGCCAGAAGAAGUACUGUGGUCCGGGGCUUUAUAGAUGCUCUUACUAGAGGAGGUCCAGGAGGAACACCUCGACCAAUUGAAAUGCAUUCACAUGAUCCUUUGAGAUAUGUGGGAGACAUGUUGGCUUGGCUGCAUCAGGCUACUGCUUCUGAAAAAGAGCACCUGGAGGCUCUCUUGAAACACAUAACCACAGAAGGAGUGGAAGAAAAUAUGCAAGAAAUAGUUGGGCACAUCACAGAAGGAGUUUGCCGGCCACUCAAGGUUCGAAUUGAACAGGUGAUUAUAGCUGAACCUGGCGCAGUCCUUCUGUAUAAAAUUUGUAAUCUUCUCAAAUUUUAUCAUCACACCAUUAGUAAUAUUAUAGGAAACAGUGCAGCCAUGCUGUUAACUACGAUAGAAGAGAUGCACCUUUUGAGCAAGAAGAUAUUCUUCAAUAGUUUGAGUCUCCAUGCGAGUAAACUGCUGGAUAAGGUUGAACUGCCACCUGCAGACCUUGGUCCAAGUCCUGCACUGAAUCAAACACUUGCUCUGCUGCGUGAAGUACUAUCAUCCCAUGACUCUUGUGUUAUUCCUUUGGAUACUCGUCAAACAGACUUUGGACAAGUUCUGUCUUGUGUGCUGGAUCCUCUGUUGCAGAUGUGUACUAUGUCUGCCAGUAACUUGGGGUCUGCUGACAUGGCAACCUUUAUGGUGAAUUCACUUCAUAUGAUGAAGACAAUGCUGGCUCUGUUUGAAUUCACAGAUAAAAGGCUAGAAAUGUUACAAUACCAGAUUGAAGCACAUUUGGAUACCCUUAUAAAUGAACAAGCUUCUUAUGUAUUAACUAGAGUGGGUCUAAGUUAUAUUUAUAACAUGGUACAGCAACACAAGACAGAGCAGGGUCCCUUGGCUAAUGUACCCAGUAUGGAUUCUAUGUCAUUAAAAGCUGCAAUGGUCCAGUUUGAUCGUUAUUUGUCUGCUCCUGAUGGCCUGUUAAUGCCACAGAUAAACUUUCUCCUGAGCACAGCUGUUAAACAACAGAUAAUAAAACAGUCCACAGAAUUGAUCUGCCGAGCUUACACUGAACUCUAUGCAGCUGUGAUGAAUCCUGAUAAUGCUUAUAAAGAUCCGGAAACUAUAUUAUAUAGAUCUCCUCAUCAGGUUCAGUCGCUUCUCUCCUAAUCUUAUCGCUCCAAACCUGCCUUUUAAUACGCUGACUGCAUUACAUGAGAAUGGACAUAACGCAACUUUGAAACGGGCAAGGACAACUGAGUUUUUUCUUGCAGAAGACUGUUGCUUGGAUUGCAUGUAAUUUAGCUGAAACCCCACUGACUUUUUUUUGGUGGGGGGGAGUUUAAAUUGUAUUGCUGGAUAACAGCUUUGCUGCAUGCCAGCAUUUAAAGUAAUUUAUUACAACUUGGGAAAGCUUUGUCAUAAUUCAGAUUACUUUUUAUUAUCAUGGUAAAAUAAAUGGUGGAACCAAAGCAUUUUCUUAUUUUGGUGAUUGAGCCAGUAUAGGUAUUGUCCUGCUAUUUUUCCUUCAAGAGUUUUUAACAAAUUAUAUUGAGCCUAUGUACAAACCACAUUUUAGUUUAUUUGAUUAAAACCCCAGUGCUAAUACUCCCUGUUUUUUUUUUUGAAAAAUAUCUUUUCUUAUUGAUUUAGUGAGUUAAAAAACCAAAAAUUUAGCAAACUCUGGUAGGAGUAAUUUUUUGGGGAAGAAGGACUAGAUUCCAUGAGUUUUGUGUUUUUAAUAGCACUGGAGAUUUUCAGAAAUUUUAUUUUAAAAAAUCCUACAAGUUGUAUCCUUUCUAUAAUCAAGUAUUCAAUAUGCUAGCAAUGAAGAUUAAAAAAAAAAACACUUAAAAUUUAAAACCAUUAAUACUAUUCCAGAUUUACGGACCACUUAAAAUUUAAAACCAUUAAUUCUAUUCCGGAUUUACGUACUUUCCGUUGGCCCUCAAAACCUUUUUAUUUCAUCAAGCCGGGCUGGCUUAAUCUCUCCAAUUGUGUAAUUUUAAUUUGGAUUUUUAAAUGGGGGAUUUUAACUGUCGAGCCAAAUUGUUUAAUAUAUAUUUUAAAUUGUUUUUUAAAUUUUGUAUUUGAUGUUUUUUACUUCUGGCUGUUCACCGCCCUGAGUCCUUCAGGAGAAGGGCGGUAUAUAAAUUUAAAUAUUAAAUUAAAUUAAAAUUAAACUAUUAAAAUAACUAAUAAGAUGCAGCUGAAGAGAAAGCUCUCAAGCUCUUUCCUGAAAGCCAGAAGAGAAGAUUGAAAAUGUGCAUUCUAUAGUUUAAGAGUGACACUGAACAGGUUUCACAAAUGUUAUAUGCUGUGCUCAAAAAGCAGAUUUUUAUAUUUGUUUGAUUACCUCAAAAUAUGGAGAGAUCGAAUACUUUUGAAAACACAUGAUUCCUUUUUUCACACCAUGCACCUUUUUCUCUGUGUUAAAACCUCUCUUGGUACCUACAAGACCCUCUUCUCCCUUCCAUUUUUUAAUCUGUAAAGGAUUAUUUUAUUGUCAAAAUUAGUAAGGAAACUGGCAUAUGCUCCAAAUUAAAACAGAAUUUAGUCUCUAUCAGCAUUUUUAGUAAAUAAAAAUGAGGAAUGGAAGACCAGUGAGGCCUCUCUUUAGGAAUAUGCUUACAAUGGUAAAAAAAAAAAAAAAAGACACAGGUAGAUUCAACUGAGCAUUGAUAAUAUACGCCUAAGGCUUUAGAAAAGAUGGAAAGCUAUAUUUUUGCUAGUUUGCAAAAGUAUAGCUUUCCAUCCUUUCUAAAGCCUUAGGUGUAUAUUAUAAUAAAUAUUAAUGGGUAAGCCCACAUAACGCUAAAUUCUGUGCUCAUGGCUUGCUCUUCCAAUGUGCCAAUUCAUCCCCAAAAUAUUGGAGAAUUGAAGAUCUUAUGAGAGAUUAUGCACCGAAGACAAAUUACUUGUGUGUCCAAUCACACUUGGCCAAUAAAGAAUUCUAUUUCUACUCUAUUCUGUUGAAUGCCUUCCUGGGAAGUCUGUUCUUCGCCUUGUAGAUCCUUGGUGUAAUUCUGUGCUGCCUGGUUUGAAAAUGCUGGGAUACAUUCAGUGGUGGGAUUCAACCUGUGUAACAAUCGGUUCGCUAAGCGGUGUGUUGGAAAACAGCUCUAAAACUGAUUAAAACAGCUAAGGUGCGGCAAUCCGCUCUGCCACGCCUGUCAGCUGGGCUUCAAACAAAGGAAAUAUAGGUCAGUAUAGCACAGAGGUGGGCAAGCAGGCCCACCUGAUUGUCGGAGCGAACCGGUUCGCUCUCAGCUGAUUGUUGGAGCUAGCAGUUCGUCUGAACUGGUCUGAAUAGGCUGAAUCCCACCCCUGGAUCAGGGGUGAAAUGCUCCCGGUUCGGACCGGAUCGUCCGAUCUGGUAGCGAUGGCGGCGGGUGGUUCGGAGAACCGGUAGCAAAAAUCCCUCCCCAACCCCACGCCCAGCUGAGCCACACAAUCAUCAGAGGCUUUUUUUUAACUUGAAAAGCAUUUUUUCUACAACCUCUUUGGCCGAAAAAAUGCUUUUAAAAGUAAAAAAAAAAGCGUCUGCCGAUCAGGCAAGUCAGCUGGGAUCGUCAGAGGCUUUAAAAAAAAAAGAAAAUCCUCUGCCGAUCAGGCAAGUCAGCUGGGAUCGUCAGAGGCUUUUAAAAGCAUUUUUUACAACCUCUUUGGCCGAAGAGGUUGUAGAAAAUAUGGUUUUAAAAGUUAAAAAAAAAAAAGUUGGCCAUGCCCACUCAGUCAUAUUACCCCCACCACCACCAAGCCACGCCCACAGAACCGAUAAUAACAAAUUUUACAUUUCACCACUGCCCUGGAUUCAUUUCCAAGUACAACAGAUUCUCCAAUGCAGAUCUGUAACCUCCUCUGAACACAGGAGAGUGAGGGUGAUAAGAAGGAUUGGUCUGGUUAAUGCAACUCACCUUCCUCUUCUCUGACAUUAAAAGUGGACUCUUUUCUGGAUUAUUAUGCUUCUCAGCAAAAUUGGUUAAAGAGCACUAGAAUAGUUUCCAUUGUGUAAAUGUUCUUUAAUAUCAUUUGGGAUGUGAUGAAGAAUUUUACAAAGCUAAAAGAACAAUUUUAGACGUCACUCUAAAUUUCAUUUAACAACUGAAAUGUCUUUUUAAAGGAUUCUGUGCCAUCUGCUAAAGUGCAUUUAGUUAUGUAAAGACCCCUGAUUCAUCCGAUCCACAUUAGGGUGAUUUUCUGCUUCAUUUCAUACUGCUUGCAAGCAGCAGAGAAUAUUGUGCUAAAAAAAAGCAGAAAAGUUAAUAUAAGGAUGAAAAGGUAUAAGAUGCAAAACUUACACCCAGAGUAGCACUUCUCUAUUCAUAACUUUGGAAGUAUAACAGAAUAACAGAGUUGGAAGGUAGUCCAACCUCUGCUUAGGCAGGAAACCUUACACCAUUUCAGAAAAAUGGUUGUCCAGUCUCUUCUUAAAAACUUCCAGUAUUGGAGCAUUCACAACUUCUAGAAACAAGUUCUUCCAUUAAUUGUUCUCAUUGUCAGGAAAUUUCUCCUUAGUUCUAGGUUGCUUCUGUCCUUAAUUAGUUUCCAUCCAUAACUUCUUGUCCUGCCUUCAGGUGCUUUGGAGAAUAGAUUGAAUAUUCAAUAGUACUUGAAAUAAGUGCCAUUUCUUGUUGAAAUACAAAUAAGAUUGCUAUUUUUAGCAGGUUGCUUGUGAGAAGCCCUAUUAUAUGCAGGACAUACUGUCAACAAAUAUAGGAUAAGGCAGCAAUUAUUUCCAUGGAACCGAUAACAAAAUUGGGUUAGCAUCGUAUCACAGUAAUGUCAGGGAAUCCAAUUUGAACUUGAAAUAGAAGUUAUAAAUGUGCAAAGACUUCCAAACCUUUGUUCAUAAACUUCUACAAACGAAACUAAAAUCUUCAAGGUUAUUUUAACAUUUGAACUAAUACAGUUCAGAAAAUAACAAUAUAUAUUUCAUACCAAAAUAAUAUACCAUUUUUUGCAAUGCCAAAAAAAAAACAAAACCCAGGAAAAUGAAGUAUUCCCUGAACUGGGAAUAUUAUUGAUGUAGAAUGCCAUGUUGAUUGUACAUAGGAAGAGGCAAAGAUUCUCAACCUGUACGGUCUCAUGAUCCCUGAAAAUUGUUCUGCCCCAGCUCCGGAUUUCCGAGGAUAUUGACACACACCAAUGGUCCUUAUCAAAUUUAUUAAGUAACAAGAAUAAGACCGGCAAAGGUUGGCAACCAGCCCAGAAAACAAGAUAUGAUAAACCAAAAUACUCUGAUAAUAAUAGAGUUGUUUCCAGCAAGAACGCACUAGCUGCGUGCGACUUAAAUAGGCUAAGGGAGUGGCCAAUUAUCCUCAAGCCCUACUCUCGAGUAGACCUCCUCCUCCUGAGUAGCCACUCCUGCCUUUUGGCAGCCCUGCGUGCUCGAGCAUUGAGAAGAGGCUCCUCCACUUCAUUCUCCACUUGAAGAAGCCUCUGGAGGUUCUGAAGGCCCUGGCUGAGUCUCUGCCUCUGGCACCACAUCCUCUUCAGCCUCCUCGCUGUCCGACGCGAGCGCUAGCUGUACAGGCUGCUGGCGCGACACCACACCAGCCUCUUCUUCAUUGGGAUCAGUCACGAUCCACACAGGCAUAAAGUAACUCUUAUCACUUACUUUUAAUCAUUGAAUGUUUAUCUAUAUAUUGUAUGUAUUCUCUGACUUUGCAGCCCUACAGUUGAGCAGAGGUCAAAUAAAAAGCAAAGCUUAGAGAAAAAAUUUAUUCUGCCUAUGCGAAGCUGCUCGGCUCUAAAAAAGCAUGGAUCAUUACCACCCCAAUUCCUUGGAAGCCCCAACCCAGUUUGAGACUCUGGUAGAAGCAUUUUUCUUAAAAAAGUUUUCAAAGCUAAAGAAUGCUAAAAUCCCAGGUAAGGCCAUAUAACACACAGCCAUAGUCUGCUAGAUAAAUAAUGAAAAUAGCUUAUCCAUUUUAUUUCUGAGCUCCUGUUAUACGUAGAUGAAUAUAGUUCAUGCUGCUACUUUGCAAACACUUGGUAUCCACCUUUUAAAUAACAAAAUAUAGAAACGGGUGGAUUUUGAUCCCAACUGGCAAGAGACAUUUGGGCAUGAUAUUGCCAGCCUUAAGUUUCCUUUCAUACAAUUAACCUGUCCCUUGAGAGCUUUAGGAGUGGAAUUUCAAUUUCAUGUACAGGUAGUCCUAGCCUUACAACCACAAUUGAACCCACAAUUUAUGUUGCUAAGUGAGACAUUAGUUAAGUGAAUUUUGUUCCAUUUUACAACCUUCCUUGCCUCAGUUGUUAAGUGAAUUGCUGCAGUUGUUAAAUUAGUAACACGGUUGUUAAGUGAAUCUGGCUUCCCCAUUGAUUUUGCUUGUCAUAAGGUCACAAAAGAUGACCCCGGGGACACUGCAACUGUCAUAAAUAUGAGUCAGUUGCGAAGUAUCUGAAUGUUGAUCACGUGACCAUGGGGAUGCUGCAAUGGUCAUAAAUGUCAAAGAUAGUCAUAUUGUUUUUUCAGUGCUGUUGUAACUUUGAAUGGUCACUAAGCGAAGUGUUGUAAGUCGAGGACUACCUGCCACAAUUAUAUAAAGAGUUAGGAUCCAGAAAAGUUGUUAGUGUACCUAGAGCUGAAGCUUAGCUUGUGAAUCUCCUGUUUGUGGUGGCGCUGGACAGUAAAAAUAAAAUGCUCAAUUGACCCUACCACACAUUAGAUUUAGCAGGAAGAAAUUAGGAACCUGCUGCUGUUUAUAGUGUUUGAACAGACACCAAGUCUAAUCAGCCAAAGAGUACCAGCUGGUGAUUUUUUCAAACAAGACAUUUGAACUGAUUUGCACCGUGUGGCAUCUCAAAAUAUCUUUCUGUGAAAAUAAAGGCCUCUGGCUCAGGAGAAACGGCUCCUAAUAGAAAGCAAGAUUCUUCCUAUCCCAGGCAUACCCCGGUCUGCUAACUUCUGUGUUCUGAGGAAAUUGAUGGAAGUGUUGGUAAAAAUAACUGCCCCAUCCCACCAUAAUGAAUUUUAUUCACACCUGCUUUUAAAAAGUUCUUAAAAGUAUUUAAAAGCUUGUUUAGUCGUUGAUUUUCCUGAACAAGAAGUCUUGAAAUCAAUACUAUCAACUAGAUCCUAUUCAAACUUUACUAACUUUGUAUAAGUCAAUACCAUGCAGUGAUUAUUAUGUCGCGGCAUUAUUCUUAACACUCAGCUUGGGUGUAUUAGCUACUGGUUCUCUGACACAAAAUACAAAACCAACUAAGGAGGUCCUAUACAAACUUUAAUAAAGUGUAUCCAUCCAUCCAACCAACCAGAUGUGUGUAUUAAGUGCUUCUAGUUCUGUACCACAAAACGUGGUACAGUCCUGCUGAAACUUCUUGAUAUUUCUGCAAAAUAUGUUUGUACAUUUUUGUUGGAAUUCUUGCAUGUUUUUUUCUCAAUUCAUAAUGCCCAGUUGUGAUUUUGAUAAAUGCUAUGUUUUUUCUGCCAACCUAGCAGUUCGAAAGCAUGUAAAAAAUGCAAAUAGAAAAAGUAGGGACCAUCUUUGGUGGGAAGGUAACAGUGUUCCGUGCGCCUUUGACGUUUUGUCAUGCCGGCCACAUGACCAUAGAGACAUCUUCGGACAGUGGCUCUUCAGCUUUCAAAUGGAGAUGAGCACCGCCCCCUAGAGUUGGGAAUGACUAGCACAUAUGUGUGAGGGGAACCUUUACCUUUACCUGCAUUUUUUAAAACCCAAUCUCUUCCCAGCAUCAGGACUCAUGUAGGCUUUUUCCAGACAAAGUCUUGUCUAACUGCAAGUAGUUUUAUCUUUGAUAAGGUUUUUAAAUUAAUUAUGGGGAGGUAUUUCAUCAAUUGUAUAUUGAUCUACAUUCUGAGAGGAUUCCACUCAAGAAACAAGCUCAGCCAUCUUGUUUAAGUACUAUGCCAAAGCUGAAAUAUGCUGGCAAUUUGAAUAAAUAAAUAAACUUCAAAAAAUCAGAGAUGAAGUUUAAAGUGCAAUUUUUAUUGUUAAUACAAAUAUGUUUCUACCUCUGUACUCACUCUUUGUUUAAAAAGUAAAUAAAUAAUGAUACAUAACAAAAGCAUAUUUACUACUGCAAAAUAAUAUUGCAUUUGUUUUACUCAUUAAUUUCAGUGACCUAAACAAAGUAACAGACAAACAUCUGUGGCUUCAAAAUAAGAAAAUACUUAAGCCAAAUCUUUGAAAUGUCUGUUGUAAUAAAAAUUAGUCAUCUUAAUUACCAACUGCAUUAGUUUGUGAAUGCUAAUAAACUAAACCAUUUCUGAUUGUCUUUUAUGUUUGAGAAAUCUAUGUAAAUAGGUUUUACUUAUUAAAGUCUUGAACUUUUUCUUUCAUAGAGGGAAGGUUUUAGAAAGAAAAUAUAUUUUCUCACAAUUUUGAAAAGCAAGAUGAACUGUCUCACUUACUGGAGCCCCUUCCAUUAUGAGAUGAUGUAGAUAUUCAUAGGGGAAAGCGUGUGAAAUUAAUGAUACCACAUCAUGAUGCCAAUGGCAGCUUCUACUGGAUUCCUGUAUAUGAGCAGGAUUAGAUCACAAAGCAAUUGUGAGAUUUACAACUUGCACUAAAUGACCAAAAUAUCCAAUACUAUCAAUGAGAUCAUGUAAGAGAUCAGUGAUGCUUACUAACUUCUAUGGGUUACUAAAAUACAUCAGUUGUAAGGCCACAGUGUCUUCCUUGAGCCAUGUAAUAUUAAGUGUAGGCUAUAGUAGAAACUACUAAACACCAUUUGUGGACAGGUGUAAUAGUUAAUAUUUGAUUCAAUCAUGAUGAACUUUAUUUCUCUAAGAUUGUGCAUUACUUUUGAACUAAUGAUGAUGAUGAUCAAACUAACAAUAAACUGCCUAAAAUCUAGUAA